AAGCGAACGUAUAUGAAACCGUGCAGAACGGAAACGAACCUAUUCUAGUGCGAUCCAUCGCGUGGUCUUGCCAAAGUUUUUUUCUCAACUUUUUCCUACGUAAUUACCAAUAGUUACCACCAUGCCGGUACCAGCUCUACAAAAACCAGCCCCCGAAUUCAAAGGGACAGCUGUUGUUAACGGACAAUUCAAAGAUAUCAAGCUCUCUGAUUAUAAAGGACAAUACGUCGUAAUUUUCUUCUACCCUUUAGAUUUUACUUUUGUAUGCCCAACGGAAAUUAUUGCGUUUUCCGACCGUUUCGAAGAAUUCAAAAAUAUCAAAACGCAAGUUAUUGCUUGUUCAACAGACAGUCACUUCUCUCAUUUGGCUUGGGUGAACACCGCCCGUAAGCAAGGUGGUCUUGGAGAAAUGAACAUCCCUCUCUUAUCAGAUAAAUCCUGCAAAAUCUCCCGAGAUUAUGGCGUUUUAGAUGAAGAAACUGGAAUCCCAUUCCGCGGAUUAUUUAUCAUUGACCCAAAGGGUAAUCUUCGCCAAAUCACAAUCAAUGAUCUCCCCGUAGGAAGAUCCGUUGAUGAAACUCUCCGCUUGGUUCAAGCCUUUCAAUUCACCGACGAACAUGGUGAAGUUUGCCCGGCUGGCUGGACCCCUGGGAAGAAGACCAUGAAACCAGAUCCAUUGAAGAGUAAAGAUUACUUUGAAACCGUUAACUAAAUUUCGCUUUAGAGUAUUUUUCUUGUUUUGUUUUUUUUUAUAUCUCGUUUCCUGUACGAAAAGUAUUAUCUACUAUUUUUUUUUUCGUUAUUAAACUGAUUAAUAAAUAAAGUAUUCAGCAGUGA